UAGAUUUAGAAGGGGGUGAGGCGGGAUUUGUGGAACCCAGUGGAGCCAUCUAGAUUUAGAAAGGGCCCCGCGCGGAGCCAUCGAUAGUAUUUGAGACCUCACUGCUAAAAACUUUGAGUUUCUUUGAUCGUCAUCUUUAUUUCUUUCAUUACAUUGUCUUUGAUCGUACAUACAUCGUACAAACAAGGACGAUGGAGUCGAAUGGGGGCGAGUCUGAUACAGCGAUAAACAAAGAAAGUGAUGAUGAGGAAUCUAAUAAUGAAGAAUUUGAGGAAUUCUUAGAUGACAAGCUUGCCAGACCCAAACGUUCAAAUUCAAGCCUAGCAUGGGAGUUCUUUGAUGUAAAGGACAGCAAACACCGAGUGGCAACUUGUAAGCUAUGCUCAUGUGAUUGCUCAUACUGGAGCUCUGUUAGUAACCUCAUGAAACAUGUACGGAGAAAGCACUUUGUCCACAUAACCAACCAGCUUGAUAGGUCUAGUAAUCCACAUACGAAACAGCACUCCCUAAGAGACACUAUUCAUUCAUCAAUAUGGAAUUAUUACAAGAAAUUGGACCUCAUAGAGAAGCUUGCUAUGUGUUUAGUUUGUAAGAAACAACUGUCUUACAAGUCUUCUACCAGCAAUCUGAAGAAGCAUUUGAAUAGAAAACAUCCAAAUUUGAAAUUUGAAAAUGAUGAUAAACGAGUAAUAUUAUCUAGUGAUGGGAAACUAUAUGAGAUAGAGGAAACAAAAUCAGAACAUCUUCAGAAGGACGACGACGACGAUGAUUUGGAGGAUCAGCCCACCCUCGAUAUUAAUUCAGUCUUCAUAGACGAUUUUGAAGACGACUACGUAGAAAGGAGAAAUAAAAAGAGAAAACUAGAAAGGGAAGAGAAAAAGCACAGAAAAGUAAUAUUAGAAGAUACUGGUCAUAGUGACGCCAGUACUAGUUCCGACGAAAUAACUUUUCAGAAGCGAUAUGUUCGGAAAAAGAAUGACAGUCUAAACCAGUUUGGAAAAUAUUUGAUUUCAUUAAUGAAACAAUUACCAAAAGAACUUUCAAGUCAAUUACAAAUAGAUUUUCUGAAACAAGUCAUGACAGCGAAGCUAACGUAUGAUACGCAGCAGCAGCAGAAAGGUUCUGAUUCGAGUAACGGAUACGCGAUCUCGAUAACAGAUAACGGAUUACAGAGUACUAGAAAUCAACCGUAUCUAGUUGAGGAACAUGUGGUGGAGACGCAUUAAUAAAAAUCAUUCAUUUUUAAA